AUGGGAGCAGAAACGUCGAGUGUUGCGAGGGCAGAGGAGCCCGUGGCCGAGCCAGACGCGCCCGGCGCCGACAACGCCGACGACGCCGACGACGCCGACAACGCCGCACAGCCAGCCACCGAGCCGCAGGCUGAGCAGCAAGCGCAAGUUGCGCCAGAAGCUCCGCAGGUAGAGUUGAGGCAGUAA